AUGUUAAAAGGUUUAGAAGAUAUUAUUGAUAUUUCAGUUGUUAAUUAUACAAUGGAGGUUUUUACAAGAAAAGAAGGAUGUGCAGUAGAUAAGGUUUAUUUAUUAUCAAAUCCAAAUUUUGAUGCUUGUAUUACAGUUCCAGUCCUAUUUGAUAAAAAAACCAAAACAAUAGUUAAUAAUGAAUCAGCAGAAAUUAUUAGAAUUUUAAAUAGUUCAUUUAACGAUUUUUGCAAAACUAAAGAACAAUCGGAAUUAAAUUACUAUUCAAACCGAAAUCGAUAUUAA